UUACUGCAAAAAAGUUUGGGACCACUGCCCUAGAGCCCCCUCACACUACACAAUCAGCCUGCGGUAAACUGUCCCCAGGACCCCUUCCCUCCCCCUCUGCAUUUCCCUAUCGUCCUGGAAAGGAAACUAAUGGCUUCACGGUCGCUCCUCUCCCAGCAUUCCCUGCGCUUGUCGCUCUGUCUCUACCCUGUAAGUGCAGCUUCACCAGAUGUUUGCAUUGCUGUUGAGUUUAGCUCUGCUACAUCUGUGAACCUGCACAAGACACACCUUUGGAUACAUGUCUUGCUGAGAUGUACGCAUUACAACCUGGUAGACGGUAGUCUGCAGGGAGUUCAGAGGAUAUGACUGCACAGAAGAUAAGCUGACAGGAUGAGGAAGCAGGACGGCCAUUGGCUGCACAGAGCACGUGACUCUGUGUAAUGUUGCUGAAACGAAACUCAGUAAAUAGGAAGGAGGUGAUCAGUGCUGAAGCCUGGAAGGCUGGUCAGAUCUGCGAGGAGCCCUUUGUGUCCAUAACCAUCUAUACCUUUCCAUGUAGUAUUUCUUCUACUGAGACAUGAAUGAAAUUCUGAAGUCAGAAAUUUUCAUUGUCAUUUACGGAAAAAAUGAAGGCGUUUCGUUUGAAGAAUUUGGUGGACUUUUCCGUCAGGUCCAUGGUUACUAUCUUAACCUGUCGCAUUACGGAUACUCCUCACUGAGGGAGUUAUUAAAGGACAUGAAUGAUUUGGUCGAGGUAAAGACUAUAAAGGGGCAGCAUAUGAUGAGAUGUAAAUCGCCCUCAAGACAUCAUGUAGUGGUUUCAUAUGGGAACAAUUCACCUCAAGCAAAGGAGCAGAUCUCAGAUGUUUCAAAUAUUCCUUUGCCUUCAUCUGGACAUUCUUCAGGUCCUGUUGUAAGCAAAAGUGUGCAAAGCCAACCUACAUCUCUCCAACAGAACCAUCUAAAGCAGAUUAACAAAACAAGUUCUGCAAGAAGAAAAGAGUCUAAAGAAACAUCAACAUCUAAAAGUUGUCUACCUGCCAAAAACCCAGAUCCUGCAUUCAGUCAUACGAAGAAUCUGACUGAAAAGACCGCUACAAUUAUUAAAUGUACAAAAGACCAUGGAGUUUCCGCAAGCCUUAAAUCUCCGACCUCCAACCUUGUUCAUGCAAGACCAUCUGCAAAUGUUCCUGUUGCAGCAGGUGCUGCAAAGUCAAAUAACAUUUCUAAAAAAAUACAUAAAAGUCAUUUCAAACCUACAAAUCCAAAAUCAGUAACAAAGUUAACAUUGUUUCAAAAUGUCAGAUCCACUAAUCCAAAAGUUAUAGAAAGCGUGGAAUGUUUCUCAAGAACUGUUCUCGAAGUAAGGUCAGAUGUGACAUAUGCAUCCAUCUGUGCAAAUAAUGUACAAAAAAGCCAGGUGUAUCAGAACGGACAACAAUUUAAUCGGAAUAAUUUAACAUUCAAUGUUGGAACCAGGGUUAAUUCGACCAAUGCGACCCAAUCCUAUCCUAGAGUAGAAACUAGAGCCUCAGUACAUUCCAACUGCGUUAUCAAAGAGAACAUUCAACUGCUAUUGAAUCAGCGUGACGGUGGAAUAUCAGUUUUCCAGUUACAAAAAUUAUAUCUAUUUCAGUUUGGACAGCCACUUAAAUUCAGGGGUUCAACUACACUGAAACAACUCUUGCUGGAACUAAAGGAUGUGGUAAAAAUAGAAGGUGUAGGGGUCCAAAUGCUUGUGUUUCCAGUUCCUGUGGAAACUCAUCCAACUAACGCUGCUGCCAUUGGAGACUCUGAUGCUGCACUAAAAGGAGCUGCCUCUUUAUUUACCAAGAAAGACAUUCAACAGGAAAUUGUAUCAAACCCAUAUUCUUCAAAUUCCUUUAAAAGACAGAAUGAAAAACUACAAGACGAUGCACAACUACCUUUCCAUUAUGAGCAAAUCAAUACCAUAAAAGGACAUAUCACAAAAGUAGUGAAAAUAGAUGACAAACCAUCGACUCAACAAAAAAUUCUUGAAAAUUUACCCCAUGAACGUUACAUCAAAUCAUCUGGAGAAGAGCUGUCUGUUCCAGCAACUGAUAUAAGAGUUGUACCAAAAUAUAUUAAUCAAAAACCUCAACACAAGGUGCCUCCAUCUGCACAAGAGCACCAUCAAAAAAACCAGAGCAGUAAUCAAGACAAACUUUCAUGUUUAGUUGAGAAUGCACAUGCCCUUAACGUCAAAUCUCUUGGAGAAGAGCUGUCUGUUCCAGCAACUGAGACAAGAUUUUUACCAAAAUAUAUUACUCAAAAACCUCAACACAAGGUGCCUCCAUCUGCACAAGAGCACCAUCAAAUAAACCAGAGCAGUAAUCAAGACGAACUUUCAUAUUUAGUUAAGAAUGCACAUGCCCUUAACGUCAAAUCUCUUGGAGAAGAGCUGUCUGUUCCCGCAACUGAUACAAGAGUUUUACCAAAAUAUAUUAAUGAAAAACCUCAACACAAGGUACCUCCAUCUGCACAAGAGCACCAUCAAAUAAACCAGAGCAGUAUUCAAGACGAACGUUCAUAUUUAGGUAAGAAUGCACAUGCCCUUUACGUCAAAUCUCUUGGAGAAGAGCUGUCUGUCCCAGCAACUGAUGAAAUAGUUUCACCAAACCAGAUUACUGAAAAACCUCAACACAAGGCUCUUCCAUCUGCACAAGAGCCCCAUCAAAUAAACCAGAGCAGUAAUCAAGAGAAAAUUUCCUAUUUAGGUAAAAAUGCACAUGCCUUUUACGUCAAAUCUCUUGAAGAGCUUUCAGUUCUCGCAACUGAUGAAAGAGUUUCACCAAACCAUAUUCAUAAAAAACCUCAACACAAAGCACCUCCAUCUGUACAAGAACACCAUCAAAUAUACAAGAGCAGAGAUCAAAAUGAAAUGUAUUUAGAUAAAAAUGUAGUCCUUAAAGGAGAAACUACCAAAGAUGGAUCUUCACAAAAUGUACCUGAAGAUUCCAGUUUACCCCACUUCAUUUUACAUUCUUCAGGUUUUUCAUUUGUGAUGGAACAGAAUAGAUCUCAGGCCAAAGAGAGUGAAAUUAAUUUACCUGAUGCUGUAAGUCCUCUUACUGAGCAAAAGAUUCCAUAUCAUAGCAACAACAUGUUAAAGGGUCCAGAACAUUCAACACAAUUGCUAUCUAAUGCAAGUAUGAUAUUGCAGGACACAAAACCAUAUCAAGUAUCGUUUCUUCCAAUAAAGGACACCGAUAACUUACCUUUGCAGUCACACAACUCGAUAAACACAAUGAAAACCUGUGGGCAAACAGAACCUCCAGCUUUGCAACCAUUAGGUGACUUCCAAAAAGUAAAUAAUUGCAACAUCCACCAUCAUCCAGAACAUCCACCAUCACACUCAAGAGAGAGUCUUCAAACUAAAACUGUCCAUGUACAAAUAGAAAAGCCAUCUCCAAUACACAAGAAACAUGAAAACAAAACAAAGGUCAAGAAAGAAGCAGUUUUAUCUUCAAAUUCAGAAGAAACACCUUCCAAUUCCCAGAUAAUUAAUAAUUUUAACAAUUUUUCAAAUGUAUCAUCAAAUGAAAAGGCGGCAAAUAUUCAACCUAAAAAUGUCAUUGAAAAAACAUUACAAUGGGAAGCAAGUUUUUCUCCACCCACAAAUGACCUGGAUAAAGACAAUGCUCAUGAUCUAAAUGCGGAUGGCACUGAGCAAACUGCACUAAUGUCAUCUGAUGUGCACAAAGCAGAUAAUAUACAUACCAGCGAAAGAGAGCAAGACCCAUCCACUCUUCAGACAAAGCAGGUUGAUGAAUUUAAAACUGCUGAAAGUAUUGUUCAGACCAGUCUUUUAUCUUCAAGACCAAGAGAAGAAAUUGUAGAUACCCCAAAAAACAUAUCCCAGCACCAUACUAUUUCAGCUGCACAAAGUGAACUUCAAAACAAUUUUGAAAGUAUUUUAGAACAGGAAGAUAUGAAUACGUGGCAAACAAGUCAGGCACAGGUCUGCUGUAUAUUAUAAAACUCCAAACCCUAAAAACUGGAACAAAAAUGAAUAACCCUUUGUAGUACAAUUGAAAAACAACAUAGUAAUUGAUGAGUCUCUUAGUAACAUUGUGAGGAAUUAAAAAAAAAAUUAAUAAAAAAUUAAUAAUUUAAAUAGUAA